AUGGCGAGCAGACAAGCCUUACAGCCAUUGUUUCUUCUUCUUGCUGUCUUUUUCAUCAAGUUAGUAAUGGUGGAAUCAAUAAGAACCCCCUCCAAUAUGACUAAGGCUGAGAAUAGUGAUAAAUAUCAUGUUGAGAAGCCGGAGCUUGUAGUUCAAAUGGUAGAAAGCAGUUUAAAUAAUUCGAAAAGAAAGCUGAGCUCGUGCGAAACGGGGAACCCCAUCGAUGACUGUUGGCGUUGUGAUCCUAACUGGGUUAACAACCGAAAGAGACUGGCUGAUUGUGCCAUCGGAUUUGGCAAAAACGCCAUUGGAGGUAAGAAUGGCAGAUUUUAUAUAGUUACAGAUCCAAAUGACGAUGACCCGGUCAAUCCUCGACCUGGCACUCUGCGGCACGCUAUUAUUCAAACCGAACCUCUCUGGAUUAUUUUCCAAAAAGAUAUGGUUAUUCAGCUCAAGGAGGAGCUUAUCAUGAACAGUUAUAAGACUAUUGAUGGUAGAGGUGCCAAUGUUCAUAUAGCAAAUGGAGCUUGCAUUACAAUUCAGUAUGUGACCAAUAUUAUCAUUCAUGGAGUUCAUAUCCACGACUGUAAACCUGCGGGAAACACAAAUGUUAGGAGCUCCCAGACACAUUAUGGGUUUAGAACCAAGAGUGAUGGAGAUGGGAUUUCCAUCUUUGGAUCAAGCGCAAUUUGGGUUGACCACUGUUCAUUGUCAAGUUGCGCAGAUGGAUUGAUCGACGCCAUCAUGGGUUCCACUGCUAUAACCAUUUCAAACAGCUUUUUCACUCACCAUGACAAGGUGCUCAAUACUGCUUUUUUGGUCUUCCAUAAAUAUACUUUUCUUUGA